AUGGCAAUGUUGCAAUGCGGAAGGUUGGCCCUGUCCACUGUACGGGUUCGAUGCCCCCUUACCAAACUCUGGUCGUCCAGAGCGACAAGAUGCGCAGUUCAUCCCGUAGCUACCUGGCAGAGACACGACUUUGGUUCAGCGGUGCAACGAUCUCUUUCUACGAGGCAACGAGAGAAUCAAACCUUCGUGGUUCCGUCUAUUAAUGAUCCUGUUGCGAUUAUCCCUCAGUGGGCAGAUUGUAUUUGGUGGGAAGAUUCGGAAAGAGUGGAGCUGGUGAAAGAGUGUCGAGUGGAGAAGAAAUACUUCUUUCAGCUCAUUGACAUUUACAACCAAUAUAACGCCUUGGACUUUGAUCGCAAUAAGAAGGAAUGGUACAUUCGACUUGACGACCUCCCUGAUUUCUUUGGUGCUGGCAAAGUUGUGGAGCUCAGAGAGAAGCUUCGUCGACUAAACUUCGACUUGGGAAGGUUUCCAUUUUUUGAGACAGAGGACGAGGUGUCCAGAGCUGUUGAAGGGAUCCAUUUCAGGUUUAAAACGGAUGUGGUGGCUAUCGUUCUGAGCGGAAAGGAUUUCCUGAUCAUCUGCCCAGCUCGGAACAAAGACAUCGAAGAUGUGAUAACACAGCAAUUGACUGGUGUCAUUGAGCACACUACCAGUGCCGCAGUGCCGCUUCACUAUAACCAGCACGUUGAAACGACCGAGGCGUAUCGAACACUUGAUGUGUGGCUUGUUGCUGAGCUUCUUGAGCGCUUAGAGGGACACCUCGAGGUAUCUUUGGUCGUAUGCCCUGACACGCAGUUGAGCUUGGAUCGUCGCCAUCAUUACAAAUCAUCUUUGCAAGAGCCGAUCCCGCGACUAAAAACCUUAAUGCCCCCAGGUUUCACCUUGUUUCCACACCAAAACGAGGGCGUCAGAUUCCUUCAAAACAACAAUGGGCUUGGAAUUCUUGCUGACGAAAUGGGGCUCGGGAAAACCGCCACGACCUUGGCUUAUUUAGCACUGGAAGGGAAGCGCGCAGUAGUGGUCUGUCCGAAGAAUGUGAGAGAGGUGUGGGAGGACGACGCAGUCAAAAAGUUUCCAACGUUUUUUGAAGGCCGAACGGUCAGGCUAGGAGUGGAUCGGAAGGAGAGAAAUCACGAGACUGAGGACCGAUUGUCGAGAGCUCGUCUUGCAAUUGUUAACUAUGAGGCAUUCGAUAAGUUUCUCUCAGCUAUUCUAAAUGCCAAGUUUCAUUGCCUCGUCUUGGACGAAUCACACUUGGUAAAGAAUCCCAAGACAAAGAGAACCAAGGUUGUUCUCGAGUGCAAAGACGGUUUUGAGCACCGGAUCCUAUUGUCGGGUACUCCGUUGAAGAAGGGCGUGUACGACAUGCUAACACAAUUGCACAUAGUCACGGGAGAUGGAAUGGACGAAAUUCCAGAUAGGUGCCCUGGGGCACUUUGGAACUGGAUGAAAGAACGUGGCGUAUAUUUGAAAAGAACGAUUGCCGAGGAAAUGCCUCAUCUUCCGUUCGAUGAACCUCAGCUGGUGUUUGUGAAGAUGGAAGCGAAGGGUGAUCCUUUCGAGGAGGUUGCCGAGGUCAACAUCCUAAAAAUCGUGCUAAAAAGACUGCUGGAAUCUGCUUUGGGGAAAGUAACAGACACCUGUGAGCAAGCAAUCAAGCUCUUGCGCGAAGAACCUGGCAGCAAAGCUAUCAUCUUCACAGAGCGGAAGGUGUGUCUUCGUAAAAUCUUUUCAUACCUGGAAGAGCUUGAACCCGGAAUUGCCAGUGCACACGAUGGAGACCUUGGCACUUCCGAAAGAGAUCGGACUAUUGAUGAUUUCCGUGAUCCAAAUUCCCCAAAACGCAUCUUGGUAUCAACCCGACACUCCUUGGCCGCUGGAGUGAAUCUUCAAUGUGCGAACAUCGUCUUGUUCAAUGAUCUGCCGUGGUCGCCUGCCGAAAUCGCACAGGCUGCAGGGAGGGUGAAACGACUGAACCAAAGGAAACAGGUGCAAGUGCUUUGGAUGGUUGCUACCGAUACCGGUGGGAACUACUGCUUCGAUGAAAACUUGAUGUACAUUUUGCAACGAAAGUUUGAGCUCCAGCUACAAUAUGCUGAAGGAAAGAAUGUACUCUCUGAACAGGAUCAAAAGUGGAUGAACAAAGGUGUCUCCAUGCAUGAGAUUGCAGGCAUCCAAAAACCAAUCAAGAAACGACAGAAGCGAUGA